AAUUAAUAUGCCGCUUUCGAAGAAGCUCGACCGAACAUUGCGAGCUGAAGAAGAUGAUUCAGAUGAUGAGGAAUACUACGAAGUCACCGAUCGAUCAUCACCAUCCGUGAUUGACACUGGCGAAGGCGGGGAGAUCGCGAGCACAGAUUCCGAAGACGAAGAGCCAGAUGGAGUGGAAGAGGACCUGGCAGACAAUUCCAAGGGCGACCAAAUCCGAGACCAAUUAAGCAAAGUUUCGUUUGGCGCAUUGGCUAGAGCUCAAGAUGCGCUCGCAAAACAGCAACCCGAUAGUCGAAAGCGAAAGAGAGGAGACCAAACAACGGAAUCGCAACAGCAGAAGCUCCAAGCACUCCGGGAGCGACUGCGAGUGUUGAAAGAAGAGAAACUUCGAAAGGGUGCACAACUCGCAAAACGGCCCAAAACUCCUGGACACGCAAGGCCCGCAGAUAGUGUGGAGGAUGAGGCACGGUCAGACAGCAAUUCAUCGGGCUCUGAUGAGGCACUUCGUGGGCGUUCGAGCAAGCAUGCGCCUGCUGUCCAGUCGAGUAAGCGCGCAGUCACUCGAAGGCGCCACAUCAUCGAUGUCAAGAAGCCCGUGUAUCGAGAUCCUCGAUUCGACAAACUUGCAGGGCCCGCCCCGGACGAGAACUCCCUCAAAAAGCGGUAUUCAUUCUUAGAAGACUACAAAGCUUCGGAGAUGGAGGAGCUCCGUGCUAUGAUCAAGAAGACCAAGAAUGAGGCGGAUAAGGAGAAACUAAAACGGAAACUACUCUCGAUGGAGACUCAGAAAAAAGCGCAGGAGAGGAAGGAGAACCAGCAGAGUAUUGUACGAGAGCAUAAGAAGAAGGAGAAAGAGCUAAUCAAGCAGGGGAAGAAACCCUUCUAUCUGAAGCAAUCCGAACAAAAGAAACUAGCCUUGAUCGAUCGUUUCCAGAAUAUGAAAUCGAAAGAUCGCGACAAGAUUAUAGAGCGGCGCCGCAAGAAAGCAACCGCCAAAGAGCGGAAGAAUAUGCCCGACGAGCGUCGCUCUUGA